AUGGUUCCUCCCUUCGAUUACUUCGAGCAUCGUGCGGCAUGGUACGGCAUAAUAUCCCAUCUUAACCCCGACCAGGGUCCCACUGCAUCCCACCACGCUUUGCCCGACUACACAGAGAGGAUUGAGCUAACCGUUGAUUUCUCAUGCUGCAGUAAACGAAAGCAAGAUGAACGCGCCGUUCGCAUCGCCAGCCUACCGAAGGACUAUCACCAUUCUCUAUCGCCCACUGAGAGAUCCAUUCUGAACGAACCGAUUGAUCAGCUUGUGCAGGACGUACAGAACAACAAGACCAAUGCCGUCGAUGUACUACAGGCGUAUGGCAAGGCUGCUGUCAAGGCACAAGAGGAGACAAAUUGCGUGACGGAGGUCAUGAUCAAAGAAGCACAAACAUGGAUCGAGAAUGGUGAUAUCAACCUCAAAGGUCCAUUGGCUGGUUUACCCGUGAGCUUGAAAGACAGCAUCCAAGUUGGAGGCUUCGAUACGAGCGUUGGAUACUCGGUGAAUACCGGCAAGCCUGCUCUGCAAGAUGGCGCGAUUGUUCGCAUGCUCAAGGAUGCUGGAGCUGUGCCGUUCGUCAAGACCGCACUGCCGGUUACGCUGUUGAGCUUCGAGAGCUUCAAUGAUGUUUGGGGAAGAUGUCUGAAUCCGCAUAGCAAGGGCUACUCCCCAGGAGGGAGCACAGGUGGUGAAGGAGCUAUUCUGGCAUUUGGAGGUAGCAGGAUAGGCAUUGGAUCCGAUGUCGCUGGUUCCGUUCGUGCUCCUGCUCAUUACUCGGGCUGCUACAGUGUUCGCUGCAGCACUGGUCGAUGGCCGAAGCUCGGAGUCAACACAUCGAUGCCUGGCCAGGAGGGCAUUCCGUCGGUCUUCUCGCCAAUGGCACGUACGCUUAUGGAUUUGAGUUACUUCACCCGAUCUUUCAUACAGAUGCAGCCUUGGAAACACGAUCCAUCCGUCCACCCCAUUCCGUGGAGAGCUGACAUUGAGAACGAUUUCUCUGGGAGGAAACUCAAAGUCGGUGUCAUGAGAACGGAUGAAGUUGUUGACCCAGCACCUGCCUGCGUUCGCGCGUUGGAUAUGGCUGUCUCUGCUCUCAAGGCUCAAGGUCACGAAGUCUUCGAUGUCACACCUCCUAAUCCCUACGAAGCUAUGGUCAUCGCUAGCAAUCUUCUCAAUGCUGAUGGUACCAGAAUGUUCCGCUCGUAUUUCCGCACCGGCGAGUCUGAUGACCCUGGUGCUCGCGAGUUUGGCCGCUACAUGAGACUCCCGCGAUGGAUCAAGUGGUUCUACUGGAUGUACGUAAGAUACGUCAAGCGCGACGCUAUCUGGGCUGGCCUACUGGAACAUUGGCACGAGAAGACUGCUCUUGAGAAUUGGCAGUGGGUCGCCAAGCGGGAAGUUUACAAGGCCAAAUUCUUCGAAUGGUGGAACAGUUUCGGAUCUUUUGGCGAUGGUAUGGAUGUGAUGAUCACACCACCCAACGCAACCCCGGCUGUCCCUCAUAACGGUAUGAAGGAUGCUGCUGCUUCUUGCGGAUACACCUUCCUCUUCAACUUACUGGACUACACCUGUGGAAUCAUGCCCAUCACGCAUGUGGACCCCAGUAAGGAUAUGCUGCCGCAGAGUGUGAAGGUAUCGAAGAUGAAUGGUGUCGCAAGAGGUGCUUACAAGCACUACGAUGCGGUAAAGAUGGCUGGGCUGCCGGUCGCUGUGCAAGUCGUUGGGAGACGAUUGGAGGAGGAGAAGGUUCUUGCUGUCAUGAAGAGGAUUGAGGAUGCGCUUGAGGCGAAGGGCGAGAAGUAUAAGUUGCUGGAGGUGCCGGAUGUUUGA